UCUCAUUAUUGCUCAAUACAACAUGCCCUCGAUUCAUGUAUAGAACAAUGGGGUAUUUUUCUUACUCAGCCAAAUAUUACAAAAUAGUAUAGUGCUCUAGCCAAACAAGAGGAUCAUAUAUACCUGCAAUAUCAUAUCUGAGAAUUAGAGCUAGGCACAGAAUUAUGGGACGUGGAAAGAUUAAGAUUUCAAGAAUAGAGAACAAAAUCACAAGACAAGUAACCUUUGCAAAACGUCGAGCUGGGCUUUUAAAGAAAACUCAUGAGCUUGCUGUGCUAUGCGAUGCUCAGAUCGGUCUCAUCAUUUUCUCUGCCAAUGGAAAAUUAUAUGACUUCUGUAGUGACCCUUUAAGUAUGCAGAAUAUAAUACAGAAGUAUCAACUCACAACAGGAACUCGAAUUGUGGAGCAAAAUGACACAGAACAACUCCACGGUGAAAUGAGAAGAAUCAUAAGCGAAACUCAAAAUCUUCAACUGAGUUUACAACGCUACACUGGAGAGGAUUUGAGUUCAUUGACUUUGGGCGAAUUGAAUGAACUCGAACAAGUCUUAGUCCAUGCUUCCCAUAAUGUCCGAGCUCGCAAGUUUGAAAUCUUACAACAGCAGAUGGAGAAUCUUCAAAGAAAGAAGCAACUACUGGAGCAAGAUAAUGAGCACAUUUUUCAUCUGAUAAAGGAGCACCAAGCAACAGCAGCAGCUUAUGAGGAGCAAAAUCAAGUACAUGUGACAAAGAUAGAAGAAGUAGAGAGAAUGGGAAUGAAUAAUAAUAAUAUUAAUUGGAAUAGGAAUGGGAAUGUUUUGGAUCAAUUCCCAUUUAGUGGAGAAGUGCAACCAAGCAGUGUUCUUCAACUUGCAACUCUUCAUGAUCAUCACAAUCUUAACCCUAAUCGUCUCCUUCCUACUCAGCCAAACCUUAGGGAAUACACCCUUGACUAAUCCUUAUUAUUGAUAUAUUUAUAUAUAUAUAUAUAUGUACGUGUGUGGAAUAUAGUAUAUGUCACAUUUUAUUCUCUCUCUCUGUUUGUUAUUACUUCAUUAUAUGUGUGUAUACCUAAGCUUUUCGUAUUAUGAACUUCAAUAUUCUUCAAAAUAUACUUUAUCUUUUGAGAGAGAUA